UGUACAUAUAGCUUAUAGCUUUGAACAGAAUGUUUAAAGGAAAAGGAUUGUCCACUGGUUUUCAGACCAUUCAACAGACCAAGUCGUACACCUUUGUGGAGAAUAUCCUUGAGCGAUAUAAAUGCCUGAUUUGCCAAGACCUACAAGACCAGCCAGUUCUAGUUUCUUGCUGUGGACAACAUUUUUGUGAGAGCUGUCUCAACCAAUGGAUAGCAACAAGGGGUCAGAAGUGUCCUCAUUGUCAAGCAACUGGUAUCACACACAUUGUCAACAAGCAGCAAGUUCGAGAUAUCAACGAUCUAAAGGUGUACUGUUCUAACAAGAGCAAAGGCUGCGAAUGGGUAGGAACUAUGGGCACACUAGACAAGCAUAUCGGAGUGGAACGUACAACUAAGGCAAAAAAAGGGUCCAAACUGAAAAAAAAGUCGCCCAGUGUCAUCUAUCCACUAGUACUAGCGCCAGCUAUAGUCGAGCCAUUAGCUAAUACAUGUCAGUUUCAAGAAGUACUUUGUCCUAAGAAAUGCAAGAAAAUGAUAAGUCGAAGGAGUCUUUCUGAACAUCUUAAACGUAACUGUUUGUGUCGAGACUACAGCUGUGAGCACUGCUGGGAGGAGGGCACCUAUCACACCAUAACGGGAGAAUGUGGGGAGUUUGGACCGUGUUUCGUGCAUGGUAAAGGCCACUAUAGUACGUGUCAGCAUUAUCCAGUGCAGUGCCCUAACGAGUGCUCCAAGACUAUCAAGAGAGAAGAAGUUCCCAUCCAUCGAGAGAGUUGUCCCCUUGAGCCCGUCGAAUGUUCUUUCUCAGAGGUUGGGUGUGGAGAACAGCUGAUGAAGAGGGACCUUGAUAACCACAUGGCAACCAGUGAUCAUCAACACCUGCUACUCAUGAUGAAGGCGUUCAAAGAACUGAAACAAGAGACUACACGUAAAGAUGCUACACGUAAGCAAGAAAUGGAACAACUCAGAAAAGAAAUGAGUGAGAUAAAGGCCGGAGAGGUAUCACCCAAGGAAAAAACUCAGUCACCACAAAUAUUUGAAAGUAGCUCAUAUGUUGCAAGGAGGCAACCAUCUCCAUUUGCAUGGCCUUCUCCAGUUUCUUUUACUCGACCUCCUUGUUGUUGUUUUAAUUAG